AUGGAGAAAAAGCUAAGGGAGCUGAUCGAGCAAGUUGAAGGGCUUAAGAAACAAGCAACUCCAGAUGCCUACUCACUGGUCGGCCAUCACCCCUAUCCGCCUGAGAUCAUAACAGCACAGCUUUCGGUAGGGUUCAAACCAUCUCCCUUUGACCGGUAUGAUCGGACUACCGACCCGACCGAGCACAUCAACUACUUCAACGCAAUGAUGACCAUGUACGGCGGGACUGAGAUUGUUUCUUGCCGAGCUUUCCCCUCGUCCCUAAAGGGUACGGCAACUUCUUGGUUCUCAUGGCUACCGUCGAACUCUAUUACAAGCUUUGCCCAACUUUGUCGAGCCUUCGUCACGCAUUUUCAAAGUAGCAUGAAGCAUAAGAAGACAACGGUGAACCUCCUCAGCAUGAAACAGAGGUCAGACGAGUCAAUCAGGUCGUACAUCUCCCGGUUCAAUAAAGAAUCCCUAGAUCUUAGAGACCUGGAUGAGGCCACAGCUCACACCGCGAUGAGCAAUGGACUUACACAUGAAGACCUGAUCAAGGACUUGGCUCGAAAGCCGACCAAAAGUAUGGCCAAGCUCCUUGACAGGUGUAAUGAGUUUGCAAACAUGGAAGACGUUCUCCAAGCACGCAAGGGGAAUGAAAAUGAGGGAGAGAAGAAAAGGUCAGCGACCGAUCACCAAAGGGAUGAAAAGCGGACCAAGACUGACCGCAGAGCCGAGAGCUCAGACCGAGCUCAGAGUCCCGAGUACACUCCCUUAAACGUAUCACGGAAGGAAAUUUUGAUGCAAAUUCAAGACGAUGGGUACAUACGCUGA